GAAGUAGGAACGGUAGUUGUAGACUAUGAUUUUCAAUUUAACCGUUGUGCUGAAAUCCUUCUUAUAAAGCACCAAGACUUAGCUUCCCUUUCGAAAUUAACUUUAGUUACUGAUCUUCUGUAAUUUUGGUUUAAUAUCCGUUGUAAUCAUUACGUUAUGGUUGUUUUAAGCUAUAAUACUCGUCGUGAAUGUGUGAAUGUAACAGCCAGCAGGCGAACAAUAUGUAGAAAGGCGCUGCAAGUCGUGAUACUUAUGUAGAACUUUUACCUUACUUGCUAUAAUGCAAUUCAGAGAACUGUAUCCAAAGAAAUAAGAAGAUGUGUACAGAAAAAUUUGGAAAGACAGCGACUUAGUUUUCUGAGCCGUUUUGAAAGAUUGCCUGCUACCGUAGUUAUUCAUCUUGCGAUUUUACAUCGUGGAAUCUGAUUAGGUUGUUGUGUUGUGGUACAUUUUAGGGACGUACCUUAGUAACUCCUUAAUAUGGAAAAAAGAAUUGAAUUAGAGAGAAGAAGUAGUGAUAAAGACAAGAUAAAGGAGCUCAAUCUAGACAACUGUCGUUCAACAACUAUUGUUGGUCUUACUGAUGAAUACUGUAACUUAAAUACUCUUUCACUAAUAAAUGUUGGACUAACUUCCUUAAAAGGAUUACCAGCUUUACCAAAAUUAAGAAAGCUCGAACUUAGUGACAAUAGAAUUUCAUCCGGAUUGGACUAUCUAUUAAAGACACCAAAUUUAACUCAUUUGAGUCUCAGCGGCAAUAAGAUAAAAGAUUUAGAAAGUUUGAAGCCAUUAGCUAAACUGGCUAGUUUAAAGAGUCUUGACUUAUUUAAUUGUGAAGUUACAACGGAAAAAGACUACAGAAUGAAAGUAUUUGAAUUGGUACAACAAAUUACAUUCUUAGAUGGUACUGACAGGGAAGACAAAGAAAUAGAUGAAUCAGAAGAUGAAGGUGAUGAAGAUGAGGAAGAAGAGGAAGAAGAAGAUGGUCUGGAAGAUGAUGAAGAUGGGUUAGAAGAUGGGGUUGAGGAUGGCAUAGAUGGGACUGAGGAGGAUGAUGAUGAUGAUGAAGAUGAGGAGGAGGGUGUUGACGAGGAAGAAGAAGAAGAUACAAAUGACGGAGUUGUUGAAAUUGAUAAUGAAGAUGACGAGGAUGAAGAAGAUGAUGAAAUCACUGAAAUAAAAAAUAUUGCCAGUGAAAGUUUGGAUGAUGAUGAUGACGACGACGAAGACGAGGAGGAAGACGAUGAAGAUGACGGUCCUGGGAUUGAUUACUUGACGAAAGAAAAUAUGAGUGACGACGAUGAAGAUGAUGAAUUUUCACCAGCUGAAGGUGUAGAAGAUGAAGAUGAUGAAUUCGAUGAUGAAGAAGAAGAGGAAGGUGCAGCUACUGAAGAAAAUCGUGGUCAGAAAAGGAAACUCGAGGCUGAAGACCAACGUGGUGAAAAAAGAAAGCGAGAUGCAAACGAUGAAGAUGGGGAAUAACCUUUAUGAAUCCUUAACCUAUCUUGAAGGAAGUACUAUACAAAAACUCAAGUUCAGAAUUCCAAACGUCUGGCUAAAAAGCAUUAGAAAAUCAAUAGCGUUAAUAUCAACAAAAACGAAAAUAUUAAGUACAAAAAAGCUGUGCAAAAACGUAUUUGGGAGUAUAUCAUUUUUUAGUUUUUUGUUUAUAUAAUGUUAAUGAUUUUCUCUUGUAAAAGACAUUAAGUUAGCAUCCGUGAAGAUGUGUCGUUGGCGUGUUGCUGAAUAAGCUAAGGCAUAAACAAUCGUCGUACUGAUGAAAAGCCACCACUACCUUGUAAAUAUUACCCGUCCCACUGUAAUUAAAAAUGGUGGUUUAUGAUGAACAGUUCUAUGUUGUAAAAUGAGAGUAAUGGCAGAAUAUACUGUUUAAUGUUUAA